GGCCCGGGCCCCAGGGCAGCUGCCCAGGCCAGGCCCACUUGCAUCUGCACCAGCCUCUCUGCGUGCCCCGCCGCGGCAUGGCCACCGCCCAGCGCUUCCCCACGCUCGUGCCGCUGGAGCAGCGGAGCGGGGCGCCGUUCCAGGUGCUGGGUGACAGCGCCAAGCAGCCCUACUGGUUCCACAGCGAGUACCUCAAGAGCCCCAAGGCGGUCCGCCUGGAGGCGUGGCUGGUGGAAGCGAUCUUCGGUGCUGGCGGAGAGCACAUCCCGCACGUCGAGUGUGUGUCGCAGACCCUGCUUCGCGUUCACCAGUGGGACCCUGAAGGCGAGGCCGAGAUCUUGAUAUUUGGCCGGCCUUCUUACCAAAAGGAUGUGUCCAAGAUGAUCCUGAACUUGGCUCACUAUCACCGCCAACUCCGGUCUCAAGGCUCGUACAGGAACGCCGCGCACCAGGCCGAGCCGCGGAACUUAUCCGCUGCAGUCCGGCUGGCUGCGGUCCAGGUCUCCCCCGACAGAACCCUGAUGGCCAAGACCCAGCGCUCCCCCGACAAUGUGCAAGAGGAGGCGACCCAGCGGCCCCCCGAGGAUGUGCAAGAGGAGGCGACCCAGCGGCCCCCCGAGGAUGUGCAAGAGGAGGCGACCCAGCGGCCCCCCGAUUCUGUGCAAGAGGAGGCGACCCAGCGGCCCCCCGAUUCUGUGCAAGAGGAGGCGACCCAGCGGCCCCCCGAUUCUGUGCAAGAGGAGGCGACCCAGCGGCCCCCCGAGGAUGUGCAAGAGGAGGCGACCCAGCGAUCCCCUGACGAUGUCAAGGAGAAGGCAACCCAGGGGUCCCCCGAGGAUGUUCAAGAGAAAGCCACCCAGCGAUCCCCUGACGAUGUCCAGGAGAAGGCGACCCAGCGGUCCCCCGAGGAUGUUCAAGAGAAAGCCACCCAGCGAUCCCCUGACGAUGUCCAGGAGAAGGCCACACAGCGGUCCCCCGAUUCUGCGCAAGAGAAGGCGACUCAGCGGUCCCCCGAUGCUGUCCAGGAGAAGGCGACUCAGCGGUCCCCCGAUGCUGUCCAGGAGAAGGCGACUCAGCGGUCCCCCGAUGCUGUCCAGGAGAAGGCGACUCAGCGGUCCCCCGAUGUUGUCCAGGAGAAGGCGACACAGCGCUCCCCCGAUGCUGUCCGCGAGGUGGCGACCCAGCUGUUCCCCAACACAGUCUAGGAGGCGGCGGCCCGGAGCUACCCCACCACUACCCAGGUCCCCGUUCCCAGGUUAUGAAGGCAUUUCGGGGCCCCGGAGUGCGAGCCAGCAAGGUUCAAGAGAAAAACCCCCUCUGGAGACCUAUGCUUGGUCCUGCUUCUGCCGCAGAAGCUGGGGGGAGCACAGGGUGGUGGUGUGGGUUGUUCUUGGUUUCCCCUCCUCACCCCCACCCCAUGUUAAAUGUUUGCAAACACAAAUCUAAAAAGUUGUAACAAAAGAAUCAAUGUCCUUAAUAAAGAAUUGAAUU